UUUGUGGGGCCAGAAAUGCUUAAGGUCCCGCCACUGAUAAAUUCUCCGCUCCACUUCUUAGUCCCAGCAAGAUCUGCCCGCAACUCUCUUGGAGGUGAGAUUCUAUUUGGAAUGUCGAUCUUUGGAUCCAUGGAAUUCCAAUCAAAUAUGAUUUCGUUUUCAAGAUCUCAACCUGAAACUUUCGUUCCAGAGCCUAUUAACUCACGUAAACCUUCUCGAGAAACCCUAGAUUUUCAAUUUGGGCAAAACAUGGAAGAUAAUCCAGUUACCCUCGAUUUUCAAUUUGGGCAAAGCAUGGAAAAUAAUUCAGAAACUCUAAAAGAUACUCUCAGCACGGAAACUCAAUCACCUCUUUUUGAUGAAUCCUUUUUCAAUCUCAAUGCAACUCCUUUAACCACUAAACACCCUGAAAAUUCAAUGCCCAAAACGGAUAAUCCAGUUGAUGAUGGAAACUUACAAACGCCAAUAACAGUGUCUACGGAUCCGAUUGCAAACGAGUCUACAGCAAAGUCUAAAUCUUCAAAGAAGCCGCGGAAAAGAGGAACGAAGGAGAGUAAGGUGAAAAUAGGGUUAAUUGAAGGGCCCGACCUACCCGACUGGUUACCAGAAGGAUGGCAGUUGGAGAGAAAAAAGAGGGAAAAUGGUGUCAAUACUGGAAUGGUCGAGACGUUCUACUAUGAUCCAGAAAAAGGUCGGCAGUUUAGGUCGAAAAGUGAAGUGCUUUUAUUUCUGGAAUCAGGAACGCGAAGAAAGAGAAAAUCCUAUCAAAGGAGAGCAAAGCAAAUUCUAGCUGAGCCCACGGAUAACUACAGUACUCCUACACAAGCAAGAGCUACUACGUCAAAGAGUUACAUCGACAACCAGCCGUAUGUUUCAAGUAUAGAUGCCAAUGGAUCAGGAAAUCUGAACCCAGUUACUGAUUAUGAAGAUAAAGAUAAACCCGAUAAUAUGGAGGAUGGAGUUUUACAGACACCAGCAACGCCUACGGUUGCGAUUGAAUCUUUAGCUAAGUCCAAUUCUGUAAAGUCGUGGCGGAGGAGUGGUGCUGUGGGAACUAGUUUGAAAUUAGGGGUGAUUGAAGGCGCAGAUCUGCCUGAAUGGUUGCCACAGGGUUGGAAAAUGGAGCGUAAAGUCCGGCAAAAUGGUGCUUCUGCUGGAAUGAUUGAUGUGGUUUACACCGAUCCAGAAAAGGGCCGCAAAUUUUGGUCGAAGGUUGGCGUCCUUCGUUAUCUGGAGACAGGAACUGGCCGAAUACGCCCAAAGAGGCUGAAGCCUUCAAAUCCUUCGACACGAAGGAGACCUUCUUCAAAGAGAAGGAAGACAGCGUCGAUGCCUGACUUCACUGACCAGGCAGAAUUUGGGUCAGAAGCUCAAAAUUUAGAUGCUGAUGGUUUUGGAUCUCUGAAUCCACUGGUUGAUGGUGAAACUGAGACAGAACAGACAGUGCACGAUUGGGAUGCAGAUUUUACCAUCGCAGAAGUUGGUAAAUCAUUUCAAAGUUGACCCUGGACUGGAGUACUCACUGGAAGAUAAGAUGAAAGAACAACGUGAAGAAGCUAAUUGCUGUUAUAGGAUUAUCUUAGACACAAUGAGAGGUCGAUUAGAAGGGCAGCUUUAUUUAGGUGAGGGGAGCUUUAGUUUUUGGUUGGCUUGUUCUUACUAAAGAAAUAGGGCGUUCAGUAGGAGUAAAUGGGAGAUGUAAAUUGAGUAGUUUGAUAAGAAAAUAAUCCAUUAACCAAGGAAAAGAAACAACAGUUUGUAAAGGAUUGUGGAUGUUAACACUCCUCAGUUCCUCGCCCUAUCAAGGAUCAACUAAUUCUGUGAUUCAGUCUCAGAAGAGAUGUUCACCGGAAUGGUGGUUCUUGUGAUGACUGAAUCCGAGAGAUUAGUUUCUCCUGUGUGUACAACAUUGUUCUGUCUGGGUACAACAAAAGACUUAACAGAAUCAAAAGUUGAGGAAUUAAAAACAGAGGAGGAGAAUCCUUCCUAAACUAAAGCAUUUGAUUUUCUUC